AUGCUUCUGCUGCUAAUAACCUCAGUUGGGCCGACGACGCAGACGACGGCGGCGGAAGAUCCGGCACCGCCAGGAGGCUUUCAAGAUGUGAGCCUCAACGAUGGCGCGCCGCAGUUGGACUUGAAUUUUGACAGCCCGGCUCCAAAGACCGGCGGGACCGGGUUCAGCUUUGGUGGCUGGGGUAAAGACUGGACUACUGGCAGCAAAUGGGGUCUUGGUGGGCUGACGGGUGAUUCAGCUCCUAAGGAAGAACCCAAGGACACCAAUCCCUGGGCAACUUCUUCCAAGAAGAAAUCAACUAAGACGACCGCUGGCGGUUUCGACUUUGGCGACUUGGGGUCCCCGCCUGAAGCGGAGCCUGCGCCAGAACCCAAAGAAGAUGACUGGGGUGGCUGGAAUGUAACAACCAAGGAUACGAAGAAAAAGAAAGGCAAAGCCGAACCCGAGCCUGAGCCAGCGCCUGAACCUGAACCUGAACCUGAGCCCGCACCGGUGAAAGCCGAGCCAGCUUAUGAUGAAGCCUGGUUCCAAGGUCUCUCCAAGAAGGAGCAGCGAAAGGUCAAGAAGGAGAUGGAGAAAAAGGCCAAGGAAGCAAAGGAGGCUCAGGAAGCAAAGGAAGCUCAAGAGGCACAGGAGGCAAAGGAGGCAGCUCCUGUGCCUGAGCCUGAAGAGCCGAAGAAGUCCCCAGAGCCUGAGAAUGACUGGAGUUGGGGUGUGUCAACCAAAUCCAAGGACAAAAAGAAGAAGAUCGAUCUCUUAUCUGACCCAGACCCUCCGGCGCCUCCACCGGCGGAGGAUGACUGGAUGAACGGCUGGGGAACUGCAGGGAAGAAGAAAGACAAAAAGUCCAAGGAACCGGAGCCAGAGCCUGAAAAGCCCAAGGAAGCCGAGGAUGAUUGGGGCGGGUGGAAUGUUACCACCAAGGAAAAGAAGAAAAAGAAGGGCAAAGCCGAGCCUGAACCUGAACCAGAGCCCGAACCCGAACCACCAGCAGAGCCUGAACCCGAACCCGAGCCGGAGCCGGAGCCUGAAGCACCGGCAGCACCAACAUUGCCGGAUGACCCCCUCUAUGAUAACUGGCGGAAUUUGUCUUCGAAGGAACGCAAGAAACGCGAAAAGACUCUGAAGCGAAAAGGACUUCCCAUCCCGGGCCAAGAUAUCGAACUUCCACCUGAAAACCCUCCAGAGCCAGACCCGGAAGCAGAAGCAGCUGCUGAACCUGCUGCGGAGCCCGAGCCCGAGCCCGCCCCGGAACCAGAACAGGAGAAACCGGCUGACGAAGAUGACUGGGCUCUUUGGGACACCUCAAAAGACAAGAAGAAAAAGAAGAAGGGCAAGGAUGGCCUCACUCCAGAGCCGGAAGCUGCCAAUGAAAACGAUGAUAUAUGGGCCGAUCUGGCUCCCAAGACCAAGAGCACGAAGAAGAGUUCCAAGGCCAUUGAACCCCCCAAGGAAGAGCCCAAGGCCGCCAAAGGUUUUUGGGCGGCGUUGACCGGGGGAUCUACACCCAAAGCCAAAGCGACCAAAAAGACAGAGGAGAAGUCCAAGUCCAAGGAAGAGAAACCAGAGCCACCACCGGAAGAGGACCUCCUUAUUGACGUUGGCGAUGAUCCAAAGGAGCCUGAACCCCCAGCAGAACCUGAGCCUGCACCAGAGCCAGAGCCCGAACCUGAGCCUGUUGAGGAGCCCCCUCCCCCGGAAAAAACAUCGAAGACAAAGGGAACUGCCAAGCUCUCCGUUGCCGAGCGUAUCAAGGCCCUCGAGCAAAACAAAAAGGACAAGGCAAAGGAAGAAAAGGCAAGCUCCAAGUCAAAGAGCAAGGAAAAGAAACCAGAGCCCGAGCCCGAGCCUGAGCCCGAGCCCGAGGCACCCGCAGAGGAACCGGUUUCGACCAAGAAAGGAUCCAAAAAGAAGGUCACAAAGGACUCUGCCUCCAAGAAGGAAGUCCCGGAGCCGGAAGAAGACAAAGAAGUUUCCAAGGACUCUGUUCCUGGGAGCUUCCCUGAUGAGCCCCCCGAGCCACCUGCUGAGCCCGAACCAGAGCCCGAAUCCAAGGCUGAGCCCGAGCCGCCUGCUCCAGACCCUACCAAAAUGUCCAAGAAAGAACUGAAGAAGGCCAAGAAGGCGGCCGAGAAGGCGGCGGCCGCCGCCGCUGCUGCCAAGGAGCCCACUCCCCCUCCGCCUCCAGAGGAACCACCUGUUGCGGAAGCGGAGGAGCCAAAAGAGGACACACAGGAAGAUGAUAAAGCCGACGAGGGUGCGCCUCCAACACCCCCGCCAGAGCCUACUGAACAGGACCCCCCGAAAUCCAAGAAAGAUCGUGCGCGUGUCGAUCGCGCUAAUACAUCGUCCUGGGGCUUCUGGGGAGCGGCCCCGCCUCCAAAGAAGUCCGGCAAAAAGGAGAGCAAACCCCAAGAGGAAGGGGAGCCUCCCAAGAAAAAAGAAUCGACUCGGGAGCGUUCUCCUGCGGCAGCGCGGUCCAAGUCGACAAAAUCUCGACCCAAGGACUCCGAUCAUGAGGUCGAGAAGUCAUCUGCAUCAGAUCGGGAGAAGCGACGCGAACGAGAACGAGAAGCGCGGUCCUCGAAGAACCAGCGUGGUACAGCCCUCUCCAACUUCAUCAUCGGAGCGCCCCCGCCCACGCGGACAAAAACGAAGAAAACAGGUGCUUCUGCAUCCAGACCUUCCUCGAGACCCGUAUCAAGGCGGCCGUCAAUUGAUGAAGAAGACGAAGCUGCAAUGCCGUCACCGCCGCCGGACGAGAAACCUGAGGUUGCUGAUAAGGCAGCCAAAUUAAUGGGCAUCGAUGCUGCCAAGUCGCGGCGUGAGCGGCCGCGCGCUGACAAGCGGAAAUCAGGCCCGAGAGAUCCGUAUGCGAUUGAUGAUGAUGAUCUGGUCAUGGUCGACAUGGAAGACGCCGAUGGUCAGUCACCAAAAGAGGGCUCUAAAGGAUCGCGGCCAUCGAAGCGCAAAUCGAAGAAAGAGUCACGAGCCAAGCCUGACGAGGAUGACGCUGUCUUGGUCGAUGCCGACCAAGCACAACAUGGGCCUGACGUGGUGUCAGGGCCCGACGACCUCGCCUUUGUUGAUGCGCCACCCAGAGAGCGACGCCCAAAGCGUUCCAACACAGCCCCGAAGAAACAAGAAACCGGAGGAUUGAUGGGACUUUUCGGCUCUUUGAGAAAGACCACGCGCCCCGAGAUGCCAGAGCGACGAAAGUCGCGCUCGCACCGUGACGACGAGAUGGAGCGAGACGACCCUCGCCGGGUGCGACGUGAUGAUCGCCGCCGCCGAUCUGUCAAACCCGAUACCGAUGGUGAAGGGUUCACGACCGACGCUGCUGGUGCUGCUGGAGGUGCCGAGACCGAGGCGGAAGACGCUGAAGCCAGAAAGGCUGCCCGCCGGGCUAAGCGUACCUCUCGACAGGCUCCUUCAGACGCUCGCGAAAACGAAGCCCGGGAAGCGGAGGAACGGCGGGCUCGCAGGAAGGAAAAGGAAAAGGCUCGUGAAGCCCGUGAACAGCGAGCGCGGGAGGCAGAAGAAGAGCGUCGCCGUGAAGAAAAACAGACCCGCCGCGCUGCACGCGAAGAGCGUCGUGCUCGAGAGGAACAGGCCGCGCGGGAAGCCGAAGCCGCCGCCGAAGCCAAGGCUGCUGAGCGCCGCGAGCGCCGCCGAAUACGCGAAGAGGAACAGGCCGCCAAAGCCAAACGCCGACGUUCGCGCGUCGAAGAGCGACCCCCGGACGAGUUUUCACCCGAGGAACCAGACCCAAACCGCCGACGCGGAUCUCGGGCCGCGCCCGAGGAUCCGAAAGCUCGUCGUCGCAAAUCCAGGGCUCCGCCAGAGCCAGCUCCUGCGCCGGUGAUGCCUGGCAACAAGAAAGAUAAGAUCUCAUCUUGGGUCUACUCCCAAGCCGACGAGCCCCCAGAGCCCCCUCCAAUCGUCCCCACCGUCAUUGAUAUGCCCCCUCCCGCCGCUGCGGCCGCUGAAGCCGCUGGCGCGCACUCCAUCUCCUCGGACGAGGAAGCCCGGCGCGCGGUGCGUCGCAAGGCCCGCCGGAGAGCCAAGUACCCCGGGGUUGCGGAAGAGGAAGUUGAGGAUCUUCGGGCGCGUCGUCGUGAUGCACGCCGCGAAGGUGUCAAGAGCAGUUCCGGGAGCGGCGACUACGAGCGUGAUCGUGGUAUGAGGUCUCAUGGGAGUCGGCAUGGCGGACAGGCGCCUCCGAGCUCUGGACCCAAAAAGUCGAGCUGGUUCCGCAAGCUCACGAAUCUCUAA